AUGUCCGCCGCACUGCUUCGAUCGCGCCUCGCCGCCUCAGCCUCAGGCCUCCGACCAGCUGCCCGCCCGACGACGAUAUGCCCGCAAAAAGCCGCUGUUCCUCGCCGCUUCAACUCGACCUCGACCGGCGGCAGCUCCCCCGGCGCCGGACUCAAGGUCGCCGCCUAUAGCGGAGCGCUGGCGGUGACUCUCUUUGCCUCGUACUACUAUGUGACCGACACGCGAGCGUUUGUGCACCGAUACGUGGUCCCGCCGCUGCUGAGGACCUUUGUCCCUGACGCCGAGGAUGCGCAUCAUCUGGGCGUUACCGCACUCAGGGUGCUGUACGAACUAGUCCUGCACCCCCGCGAACGCGAUGCCGCUGCGAACAGCCCCAGCCUCUCGACCUCCGUCUUCGAGCACCAAUUGGCGAACCCGAUCGGCAUCUCCGCGGGUCUGGACAAAGAUGGCGAGAUCCCCGAUGCUCUGUUUGCCCUGGGAGCGGGUGUCGUCGAAAUCGGCGGCUGCACGCCAAUGCCGCAAGAGGGCAAUCCCAAGCCUCGAGUCUUUCGCGUGCCCGUUCUGGACGGAAUGGUCAACCGAUAUGGCCUCAACUCAAAGGGCGCCGACGAAAUGGCGAUCCACCUGCGCAACCGACUGCGACGAUUUGCGCUCUCAAUAGGGGUCAGCGAGGAGGACGUCAUCAGCGGCGAGGCCGGUGUUCCCGUGGGAAGCUUGAAGCCCGGACGGAUACUCGCUGUACAGAUCGCAAAGAACAAGGAGACGAGCGAGAGGGACCAGCAGGCCAUCGCCGCCGACUACGUCUACUGCACACGGCGGCUAGCCCGCUAUGCCGAUGUUCUAGUCGUCAACGUCAGCAGCCCCAAUACACCCGGCCUUCGGGACCUGCAAGCCACCGAGCCCCUGACGCGGCUGCUCGCGGCGGUGGUCGACGAAGCGGGCAAGACAGAUAGAAAGGUCCGCCCCAGGGUCAUGGUCAAAGUCUCUCCUGACGAGGACGAAGACUCUCAGAUCGAAGGCAUUGUCCAGGCUGUCCAGAGGAGCGGUGUCGACGGAAUCAUUGUCGGAAAUACCACAAAGAGGCGGUCCGGUCUCAACCUCAAGGGAGCCAAGCUGUCCAUCAGAGAGCAGAAGGCCUUGAUGGAGGUGGGCGGCUUCUCUGGCCCCGCCAUGUUCGGGCGGACGCUGGAUCUGGUUGGCCGCUACCGCAAGAUGCUCGAUUCACAGCCCGGCGCUGCCAAGGGCGAACAAAAGGUUCUUUUUGCGACGGGCGGCAUCACGAAUGGGGAGCAGGCGUUGAAGGUGCUGAAUGCGGGUGCCAGCGUGGCGAUGGUGUACACGGGCCUGGUCUACGGAGGAGUCGGAACGAUUACGAGGAUGAAGAAGGAGAUGGUCGAGGCUCUAUGA